GGAGCAAAGGGUAUGUUAUUCUUUUUGUGUUCCCGAUAAAACGCCCCGACGCUCUCACCUUCAAAACACAAGUCACUUCCGCUCAAAAACCCAUACUCUGUAUAUCAACAAAACUCAGCUUCGUCCCCGUUGUGCAAAUCGUAAGAACUCAGCUUCGUCCCCAUCGCACAAAUCAGAUCCCGAACUCCUGCAGCAAAGCAUACUUGGUGGAAGCAAGAUGGUUUUAUAAGAGAUACACACCUGGGAUGGAGGAGUACUUGGCUAAGGCAUGUUGGGAAGGCAGUGCAAAUGAUUGUCGUGUAUUCAAUAGAGCCCUAAAGGAUCCUACUUUGCGAUUUUCUCAUCCUCCCCAGGGUAUAUCAAUGACCAAAUUAUCAUCAGAUGCACUUUUUCAACAAUUCGGGGAAGAUGACUACUAUGAUCCUAAUGAAGAGAGAGUCAGGGUAGUCAACGUUCACGGAGUACAAGAAGAUGGUGAUGUUGCUGGUACUUCUACUACAAUUCAUCAGGGCAGUCAACGUGUACAAGGAAGACAGAUGAAUGAGCUAAGGAUACAAAUUGCAAAUCAGAUGGUAGUAGAUAAGGGUUACCCCCUGAUUUGAUUGUUUAUGUAAUAAAAUUUCAAGACACCUAUUUGCAACUAUGAUUUUUAUUUUGU